AUGGAUUAUCUUGUCCGCUUCAGCCAGUUCCACGAAUCUUUCCGGCUAGCCGAGCUCAAGGCUCUGGCUGUUGUCGAAGGCAUUGAUCUCAAAAUUUUGGAAUACUCCGAUGAUCACCCCUUUUGCAUCAUCACCGUUCCCUCGGCAGACGCAGCCCGCGCCCUCAUCCGCCGCGCCAUCCUCAUACAGUCCAUCCACGAGCUCUGGGGCUAUGCCCCAUCGGGCCUCUACGAGGACAUCCACGCCGACGUGCGCGCCCGCACCGAGCCCCUCUGGUCCUCCUACGCGACCUGCUCCUUCAAGUUCAUCGUCGACGCCUUCCAGCACACGCGCACGAUGGACGAGCGCGUCCAGCUCAUCAACUCGUUCUCCUACCUCGCCUUUCAGGGCCGCAUCGACAUGCGCGCCCCGGACGAGACGUUCACCAUUUUCGAAGACUGGCCGUUCCGUCCCGCCGGCGUCCGCCCGGAGCCGAACCCACGGCGUCUCUUCCUCGGCCGCUGGCUCGGCGGCGGCUCGCGCGAGCUGUGCCGCACCUACGACCUCAAGAAGCGCGGCUACAUCAGCACGACGUCCAUGGACUCGGAGCUCGCCCUCGUGACGGCCAACAUGGCGCUCGCCGCCCCCGGCAAGAUCUUCUACGACCCCUUUGUCGGCACGGGGAGCUUCCCCGUCGCGGCGGCCCACUUUGGCGCGCUCGCCUUCGGCAGCGACAUUGACGGGCGGAGCUUCAGGGGCCAGGGCGGGCAGAAGAGCCUCAAGGGCAACUUUGCGCAGUACGGGCUCGAGCAGCUUGUGGGCGAGUUCUUCACGGCAGACCUGACGAAUACGCCGCUCGUCAGGCGGCGGUGGAUGGACGGCAUCGUGUGCGACCCGCCCUAUGGCGUGCGGGAGGGCCUCAAGAUGCUUGGGUGUCGGGACCCGGAGAAGACGCCCAACGUCAUUGUCGCGGGUGAAAAGUACUGGAAGUCAGUUGCCCUUUUCUUUUCUCUUUGUCGAUUUCUUCUGCGUAACCGUUUGCUGAUCGUCACAAGCUCACCCAGCUACAUUGCGCCGAAAAAGCCGUACAGCUUCCUGGCCAUGCUGGACGAUAUUCUCGAGUUUGCCACCCAAAUGCUCGUGGAUGAGGGCCGCCUGACGUUCUGGAUGCCCACGGCCAACGACGAGGAUCAAGAGCUUAACGUGCCGACGCACCCAUGUCUCGAGAUUGUGUCUGUCUGCGUGCAGCCGUUCAACCGGUGGUCUCGACGCCUCAUCACAUAUCGGCGCAUGCCUGACAGCCAGGUCGACCAGGAAAAGCUCUCAUUGCACAAACGUGCGAAACAUGAGGGCGUGACGGCUGAUGAACUGAACCCGUUCCGAGAGAGGUACUUCAAAGGGUUCAAAAAGGAAGAGGCAUGA